AAGCUUCGUCAUAGAUGAUGAUGACGAUGAUGAUGAUGAUGAUGAUGAAUCAGUAAGCUAUUGCUCGAGCUUUCCAACGGUUUGUCUUCGGCUGUGGCGCCAAUGCGAAGCAAAAGAAAAAAUGGCUCCCGAAGCAAAAUUGUACGGUCUCCGAGAACCUCUAUUGCUCUCAUCCAUGUCCUCGUUCGCAACGCACCGUUUCUUUGGACCAUUUCCAAGCUCCGUACAGUUUGGCCCACCUAAACUUUCUCGUCUCCGAGUUUUGGCUAUGGUGGUUAAGAGAAGCCCUAAGCGUCUCAAAUAUGCAACUCCUCGCUUCAACAAGGAGGAUGACUUGCUAUAUGCUGAGGUUGAUCCAUCUGGAGCGGACAGCUGGAAAUUGGAAAGAGUUGUCAAUCUUUUAAAAGAGGGAGCUGUAGGGGUCAUUCCUACUGAUACAGUGUAUGCAAUGGUCUGUGAUGUGAGAAACCACUCAGCCAUUGAACGUCUUCGAAGAAUCAAAGACAUUGAGCCUCUAAAGCCCCUUAGUAUCUUAUGCCACUCCUUUCGAGACAUCGAUAUAUAUACAACAGGGUUCCCUUGUGGUGAUGGCCAAGGUCAUGCAAAUAUAUUCCGUGCUGUUAAGCAUUGCUUACCUGGUCCUUAUACUUUUAUUUUGACUGCAAGCAAAGAAUUACCUAAACAGUGCAUAAGGUAUGGGACAAAAGUUGCCAAAUAUGCUUCAAGGAAAAAUGUGGGUGUUCGUAUUCCUGAUGAUGCCAUAUGUCAGGCAAUACUGGAGAAGAUGGAUGCACCAUUAAUAUCUGCAAGUGUCAAGAGCUUGAAGGAAAAUGAGUGGAUCUUAGAUCCAGUUGUUAUUGCUGAUACAUAUGGACCAGAGGGCCUUGAUUUUGUAGUUGAUGCUGGGUUAAGAAUAGCUGAUCCAUCAACCGUGGUUGACAUGACUGUGAAUCCUCCCAAAAUCAUACGACAAGGAAAGGGACCUAAAUUACCGUGGAUGCAAACGGAGGAUUAUAAUAAUAAUGAAACCGAUGAUGGAAAGUAAAGAUCAUUUAUUCUUCUCAGUGGAAUGUGAAUCCUAAAUUUCAGGGCAACUUGUGGUAAACCAUAGCUUAGGUUUGUUGUGCGUAACACUAUUUGGUCUAAAACAUAGCACCAGCUAUAGAGAGAACCCUAUAGAGUAAAACCGAACGGAGGGCUGACAGUAAUUCCUAUGUCAACGCGCAAGCUUCUUAUGUAGACAAUGAAAUGUUGUAAAUAGAUCAUUUGUUUUUAGCAACCGCAUAAUAGUUAUUUGACUCGAGGUCAUUGUAUAUAGGACAGAAAAUAUAUGAAAUUGACUGGUAUUAUUCAGUGUU